UUGAUCCCAAACGGCCAGACAAGUCGCCCAUGGAGCAUGGGCGCUUGGCGCGUGCUGAGCGAUGCGGCGGCUCGACGGUGCUCGCAGCCUGCCGGACCUGAAGGAGAAACCCAGCGACGCGCCCCUGCCGAUCCUAGAGCCCGUGCCCACCUUCUCCGUGGGAUCCUUGCCUAGGACGCAGGUCUCCUCACGCGUGGGCACUGCUGCCAGUAAGAGGGGCUGGAGGAAUGCCGAUUUCCCCUCAGUGAAGGAGGACCAAGGCACGAGCUCUUUCCUGCAGGAGAGCGGAGAGCGCUGGUGGGCGUCCCACACCCUUUGGCGCGGCCGUGGUCCGAGAAAGCUGCCGUUCUUGCAAGCCAAGGCGCCAGGCGAGGCGGCUGUCAAAGCCAGUAGCAAACCUCGCAGCGAGCAACCGGAGCAGAGGCUGCCUCUUUCGCCCAAGAGCGCUAAGAGUACCGCUUGGUCUCAGGUUGGAGGAGCAGACAAGGACAUCGCCGUCGCCCUGGUCAGGGCCCGCUCGCGGACGGAGAGUGUCUUUUAUGAGGAUGAUGAGGAGAAGCCCCACUUCGAGCUGUACAGGUCGGGCAGCCGCUACCGGAGGCACAUCACAAUGACCGAGCGCAAGCGAAAUCACGCGGCGGCGCUGGCGAAGGACAAGGCCUAUGUCAAGGCGCUCCUCAAGGAGGGCCGAGAGAAGCCGGAGCAGCGCAAAGAGAGGGAGCAGGCCAUUGACAGUCACUGGCUGGCUGCCGCCUUUGCUCCGGUCCCGGACCCUUGGAGCUAUCUGCCAGCCGCCCUGUCGGGGCCUGGACGCUUGCCACUGGCCAGGCAGCAGGUGAAGCAGGUGACGGAUGUGUCGGCGAUCUCCCGGAGGUCCAGCGCGGCGUCCCAGGUGGAUCUCUACGAGAUCGCGCUGGAGAUCUCCGAGAUCCAGGAAGCGCUGAGAGCCUGCAACUUCUUCCACGCGCUGACGGCAUCCGGUCCAGGUGCCGACCCCCCCGUGAUGAACAGGCAGGCCUUUUGUCACCUUGCCUGCGCAGCAGAGGGCUUUGCGUCUGUGGAGGGCGGGCCGCCGCGGCUCAGGCGGGCAGCAAGGCAUUUCGACAGCCUGGCCGAGCAGAUCUUCGUGAAAGGCAGCGGAGCGACAUGGUCAGGCAUCCCACUGCUGGACUGCAGGACGCCCAGCGUGGAGAACACACCCAUGGCGCGGCUCUUUGCAAAGAUCGUGCAGGAUAUCGCUCAAGACCUCGAGCAGGACUUCGCGGACCUGGACUGUGUGGCCCAGCGAGGGCGGGCGGAGUAUCAUGCGAGGGGCCGCGUCUUCGCGCGGCUGCUGCCGCAGGCGUCCAAAUACGGCGCUCUGCGGGGGCUGUUCCUCAGCCAGCAGAUGGACCGCUUGCGGAGGACCUGGGCGCAGGAUGAGGCGAAGAACGAGGAGCUGGAGCGGGAGCGGGAGAAAGAGGCUGCUCCGGAGCGGAACGAGAGGAGCGAGCGUCACGACCGACGUGCCGGCCGCGCGCGCAGCCCAAAGUCGAGGGGCCACGCGGCCGGCAUCAAGGAGACGCCCUUUGUGGCACAGGUGGUGUUGAUGGAGGCGCCUCAGGGGAAGGAGACGGACUCUAGCGGAGAACUCUACGCCCAUACGCUGAUGCAGAUGAAGGGCGAGACUUUGCUGAGUCACCUCUUCGAGCCAGAGGUCUUGCGAUUCAUGGCCGAGACCAGUGCUCUCUUCCAGACCAUCUUCAAGGCCUACGUGGACAUCCCCCAGGCGACCGGCGAAGGGCACAUGUCUCUGGCAGCCCUGGUGCGCUUCUGUGCGGACUUUGGGCUCUUUCCUCACAAGGUGGACUUCAAGACCAUCCAGUGGCUCUACAAUGAGGAGACUCGUCCUGAGAUGCAGGCCCAGGCACGGCGGUGCAGCAGUGCGGGCAGCGCCAGCCCCCAGAGCAGUCCGCAGGGCCGCAGGAAGAGGAAGCCGCCCACCAUGGAUGAUGGCUUCAUUUAUCAGCACAAGUGGAUCAAGGGCCAUUUGGCGUGGAUGAGCAAGGACCCUGCAGCGAUGACGGAGGUGGAGACUAGGAGUUGCUACAUCCUCACAGCCAUGGACGACUGGAUGGAGGGGCACAAUCUGAAGGUGCGGGAUAUCUUUGCCAACUUGGACACUGGGAGCACGGCCACCUUCAUGGCGCAGGAGUUGCAGCGGGUGGUGAGCUUCAUGGACUUCGAGGACCCCCCGAGCCCUUCGGAUGUGGAGGACCUGGCAGGCCUCCUGGCCAGGCCGGGGGCAGUGUCCAUCGACUUCUCCACGCUGGAGAUGGCCCGCAUCGCCGCGCGCCUGGCGAAGGAGAGCCGCAGCAGGGCAAGGAACUGCUUCUUGAAAGACCUGUCCAAGAUGAGCAAAGCUGAGUCCAACGCCUAUUUGUUCUUCACCGACCUGCUGGCCAACCUGGAGCUCAGAGCCCUGGCGCCGGAGAGCUUCUUUAGGAUGCUUGACAUGGACCACACGGGCUCAGUACCAGUCGUGGUCAUCGUGAAGCAGGCCAAGUCGCUCCAGCGGGCGGAGCCUUCAGUGUGGACGGCUGCAAUGAUGGUGGAGAACCCGUUUGCCUUCAUCGGCAAGAACCCAGAAGAUGAGGUCGCCAGAGAGGAGUUUGUGGACAUGGUGGAGGAGAUCAGGGAAGCGACAAAGCUAAGGGAGGUGAGCCUCGACCAGAAGCAUCCCCUCUUCAUCUCCUCCAACGGUGCGCAGCCUCAGCUUGACAACUUCGGCGUCCGGUCUUUUGUGAAAGUGGUCUUCAAGAUAGGCUUGACGUACCUCACCUACUACGGCGCAACGCAGCAGGCUCAGCUGUCCGCGGCGCACAAGCUCCUUUGGCUCUUUGUGUACAUGCACUGGUACUUUGAUAGCUCACGGCAGAAGGUGGAACAGCUGCUUCGGCAGUCGGGAGCUUUUGAUAGGCCUCCCAGCCGGGUGCCUUCGCCCCAGAGCCCGAUGGGGCGGCCAAGGUCCCGGCACAGCGAUAGCAGCGGCCGGCGCUACCCAAAGCACUUGCCCUCUAUGCGGCGCUUGCUGGCCAGACAUCCCUACAUGUUCAUGGCAGUCGCGGAGGCGGAGCUGCCGGAUUGGGCGACGCCGGAGCGGACGGCAGAUGCCGUUGUUCAAGCAGCAUUCAGCUAUGCCCGAAGUCAGCAUAGACGCCUGAGUGAGGAGAAGGAUGCAGGCGAUGAAGGUACCGAAGACGAGGAUGAGGAGGAUUCAGAGAGCCCCCGAGGAGGACGAGUGCAGGAGGUGCCCGUGUUGCCAGGAGUUCAAGGUGAUAUGGCUUUGGAGCACACGCUUCUGAGCGCAGUGUGCAACCUCGCCGACGGCGCGUGAGAGAGCUGGGCGCGUGGGUGGAAUUCGCCGAACCAAAUUCCAUUCUGCCAAACGGCAAGUGGUGAACAACGCUUCCAAGAAGCCGUUGUGAUUCUCGGGAUGGGGCAUGUGCGGCAUGCCC